CCACUUGAGUUGCAUGUCCGCUCGUGAUUGUUUUUGUUUUUGUUGUUGUUGUUGUUGCUGAUUUAAAAACUAACAUGGCUUGUUUACUCGUCCAUUUCGAGCGCAGCUUGCCUCCGCGUUCUCGCGAGAUGUCGCGCAGUCCCGAGAUAACGGCUGCGGAUGACGGCGAUGCCAAGCUCCUAAUUGACACUAGUAGAGGACACAACUUCUCAGCAUUACUGUCACAACAUUGACGCGAUGGCUCACAGCGCCAAUCAUGGCAAGCUCCUCCUGCAGAGGCUUCACCAGCAGCGGGAAAUGGACUUCCUGUGCGACGUCACCGUCAUAGUGAGAGACGUGGAAUUCCGGGCCCACCGGAACAUCCUGGCCGCGUUCAGCAAGUACUUCUCCGCCCAGGCCGAGAAGGGCCAGGAUGUCACCACCUUGGACCCGGAGAAGGUCAGCCGCUACGCUCUGGAGAAGCUGCUGGAGUUUGUCUACACGGGACAGAUGAACCUCAGUAGCACCAGGCAGUCUGCUGUCCGCCGAGCCGCCAUCUUCCUGGGGAUGUCUGACGCCCUAAAGUAUCUGGAAGAGAUUUCUCACUCGUCGGAGACCGGCGACCCGUCCCAGUCUGACGUGGACAAAGACCCAGGCGUCUCUUUGCUCAGCUCCGACUCCCCGGGCAGUCCUCAUUCCCCCAUCUCUCUGUCCAUCGUCUCGGUUACGGGCAUGUGGGUGGAGGAGGGCCAGGAGAGCCAGCAAGGGGAGGUAAGCCAGCAAGGUCCUGAAAGCCAGGAGAGCCAAGCUGCGGCCUCGGAUGGGGAGGGAGCAACGCCGAGUGCCGACCCGGAGGAGCCCAGCCAGCCGGCCAGCGAGGCUCCCCAACCCGCGGCCCCCAGGGGGAGGGGGCGUGGACGAGGGAGGGGUAGGGGCAGGGGCAGGGGCAGGGGAAGAGGCGGAAGAAGCCUGGUUAAGAUCGAAGAAGACUUCCUGGAGGAUUCCGACACCAGCGUGAAGGACUUUGGGGACACAUCUGCCGACUGGAGCCCUUCGCUGGAUGAUCCGCCCGCCAAGAGGCCCCGCUUCGGGGAAAUGUGGCGGGGACGCGGCCGGCGGCGAGGGAAGGGCCGAGGUAGGGGCAGGACCAAAAUGUUGGGCGACCUCGGCGAGGACGAGGCUAACGGCGAGGAAGCUGCUGAGGAAGCUGCUGAGGGCGGAGAGCAGAAUGCGUCGACCGGCGCCGACGAGACGACUCGGUCCUGCAUCGAGUGCAACCGGACGUUCAAAGACAUGUGCAGCCUGCGGAGACACGAGCAGAUCCACGCCGGCCUCAAGCCCUUCAUCUGCAUCUUCUGCUCCAAAACCUUCAGGCAGGCCACGCAGCUCAAAACUCACCUGCGCACCCACACUGGCGAGAAGCCCUUCGGCUGCGCCGACUGCGAAAAGUGUUUUGCUCAGAAGUGCCAGCUGGUGGCCCACCGCCGCAUGCACCACGGCGAAGAGAAGCCCUACAAGUGCGAGCGCUGCGGCUUCAAGUUCGCCACCUCGUCCAACUACAAGAUCCACGUCAGACUGCACAGCGGCGAGAAGCCGUACGUGUGCGACGUGUGCGGCCAGGCCUUCGCUCAGUCCAGCACGCUGACCUACCACAAGCGGCGGCACACGGGCGAGAAGCCGUACCAGUGCGACCUGUGCGGCAUGUCCUUCUCCGUCUCGUCGUCGCUCAUCGCUCACGCGCGCAAGCACACGGGCGAGACGCCGUACAAGUGCACCCAGCCGCAGUGCGAGAGCCGCUUCGUCACGUCGUCCGAACUGAAGAAGCACAUGCGGCGACUUCACCCGGACGGCACCAACGGCGUGCAGUGCCUGCUGUGCGGAAACCGCUUCGCCAACGUGAAGAACAUGAUCAAGCACCAGGAGAAGGCUCACGCCGACGAAGUGCGACAACACAAGGAGCGGGCGCGAGCAGUCGUCCUGCUGGCGUCCAGCCACCCGGUCGCCUUCGUGCAGAGCAAACUGAGCAACGACGGCAAAAGCCUGAGCUCCGUCCCCGAAGCCCAGCCGCCCGAGCCGGAUCCGGCCGCGCCGCCUGCCGGCGGCGGCGGCGACGGCGUGGGUCCGUCCGUCGCCGCCGCCGCCCUGCAAGAGUUGAAGGUGGAGCCCGGCCACACGCCCAUCUCCCAAGCCGACCCGGUGGCCUUCGAAGCCGACCCCGUGUCCACCAUCAACUCGGAAACGCUCCACGCGCUGGUGGAGCAGCUGAGGCCGCCGCCGUCGCCGGCGCAGAGCCUGGAGCAGAUCGUCAUCAUCCGAACGGUGGACAACGCGGAACACGGCGCUCCGCCGCCGCCGCCGCCGCCGCAGUGAGCCGCCGCCGCUUCCUCGGCAGCCGACUUUUGAGAGCGAUCGCUUUUAUAGAAGUGGAGUGGAACGCCGUAUCAGCAUUUCUUCCAUAUCCUUCAUACCCAGUUUAAGCGCCAUGCACUAGUACGCUCUUUGACAAUUCGGCCUACUAGUUGAGCGACUCUUUCUCCGAAUGUUUCCUCCACUAUGAGUGGCACUUUCGGCAUACUAACACACUAUUAAACAUAACUAGUGCUGCACUACUAACACUGCAAGGCCCAACUUAUUUCAUGCACUAUUAGCCUCCUGGACACUCCUAGUCGCACCAAGAUGCGCUAGUAACAUAGUUGGCCUACUAGUCAUGAGCAGAAAUGUUAUGAAAUAGUGGAGAAAUGUUACUAGUAAGACACUCAUUCUACUAGCACACCGUAGUCCUUUACUAGCUGGCUGAAUUGUCUUGCUAAUGAGGUCAAAGAGCAUGCUAGUACAUUGACCUUGGGGUGCAUAUCAAGGACAUGAAAUCACUGCUUUUGAGCAUUUAUUCAUAUUCCCAGAUAUCUUAAGGUACUAGUACAAUCUUUUUUGUCAAAACUAAGACAACUACAAUUUAACUACUGAGGCCACUUCCCGAUACUUUUGUUUCUAGCAAAAUGGUACUAGUUAUCUUCUCUAUCACUUCUAGGUAGCAUUGAGUGUUUUACUACUGGCACAGAUGUCAACUAGUGCACAGUUUUGUCUCAUGAGAAGCACAUGGUUGCAUACCAGCAUGUGAUAGAGGAAAAAAACAUUACUGUUGAAAUAGUUGUGCUAAGUGUGCGCAAGAAUUGUCUUCGUCGUGAGGACAGAAAGUCUACUAGUGCAUUGACCUUAGGUAGGGUAUGUAAAAAUGCUGAGACGGUGUUUCCUUGUGACAUGCUUUCAUGCGCUGGCACACAAAUGAGAAACGCGCCCCUUGAGCGGCGUCAAUCGACGCGCGUGACGAUCGCGUGACGGCCGCACGCCCGUUGCAACAUUUUAGACACGACGUGAUGUUGUAGUGCUUCUUCACCUUUUUGCAGACACCUUUUUCCUUUUCAUUUUAACAAACGUGACGUAUGUACAGAAAUAUUCACGAUGCUUACGACUGGGGAAAAAAAAAACUUUAACAGCAAAUAAAAAUGUGAUGAAAUUAAA